UAAAGAUGGCUGCUUCCUGCAGCUUCUGUUGUUUACCUUAGAUUCCAGCCAGAUUUUGUCAAUUCAACAACAAAUUUGGAACAUUUUAAGGUUGCCAUGGCAGCAGCCCCUGCCAUCCCAGAUGUCCAGUUUGAAGUGGUCAGUCCCUGUGGUCCGUCCCUUUGCCACCAUGUUGCGUGUCUCGUUGGUGGAAACCUUUACGUUCACGGCGGUGUGGAUAAAAAGGGGGGCACCACCCCCUGCAAUAAACUCUACCAGUUCAAUUUCAUAUCGAGCACAUGGCGGGAGAUUUUGAAGGAGGGGUCGCCAUUUUUGAGCCAUCAUGCUGCGGUUCUGUCAGAGAAUAGGUACUUUGUUCUAAUAGGAGGAUGGACUGGCAAAAAACGCUGUGCCGAUGUUCAUGUGUUUGACACUCAGGAAGAAAAAUGGAUGCCACAGCCAACAGUGACAGGUUUUCCCGAAGGCGCCGGUCUUAGCUCACAUACAGCUGUGGUGUUAAAGGAUGCAAGUAUUCUGAUAAUUGGGCGUGAGGGUAGCACACGUUUACAACGGAAGUUUGGGAACGCUUUCUUGUUGACUGGAAGUGUGCAUAAGGGUGCUUUUCAUUACACAGAACACACAAUGGGACUUGCUUCACGCUCGGGCCACACGUGUAAUAUCUUAGGCUCAAGGCUCAUCAUCAUCGGGGGGCGCAGUGAUAAACUGGUCGAUCAGCACCAAGGGUUUAGAGAAAUUCCAGGUGGGCCAUCUGCUCCAUCAAUCCUCUCAGACCUGUCAGUCAGGUCUCAAAAGUUACAACCAAUGGCUAAACUGCCGUGCGGGAGGAAGCAUCAUAUCGCUGCUGGUGGCCAUGGGUGUAUUUUCAUUCAUGGUGGCGAUACGUUUGAUGGUAAAAGUCGAGAGCCUGUUGGAGAAAUGUUCUUGGUGAGAUUGGAGUCCCAUGUGGAAUGGUUUAAACUUGGAGUGAGCUCUUUGGGGAGGGAGGGACAUGUUUGUUGUGUUGAUAAGGACACCAUUUUCAUCCAUGGAGGUUCGGGGGCCAGAAAUAUUGUCUAUGGAGAUUUACACAAACUUACACUGAAGUAACAUCAGGUCCAACAAAUUUUGAGAUCUGUUACAUGUCUCAGAAUUAAUUCUUGUUAAUAGCCAUUUAUACUGAUUAGAAGUCUUGAAUUUCAGUUUUUUUAACACACUUGAUAUGAGGUAUGAAGUAUUACGUAUGUUAAGUAUUGCUGUUUUUUCAUUUGUUUGUACUAACCAUAGUCCUGGAGGACUUGUGGCAAAUAUUUGUUUUUUUUUGUUUUUU